GUCAAAAUGUCAGCUGUUUAGUUUUCACUUUUUUGUUAUUAUUUACAGCCUUUUCUAAUUUGCAUGCGCUACUAGGAUAUUUACAAACCAAACAUAAAUUCCUCUAGUGGAACGUAUAAAGUGGCGUGUUUUUAUUUUGUUUAGUGUUCACCAGCAGCAAGAAAAAGGCCGCUUAAAUAACAACCAGCUAAAUAUAAUUAAUUAACAUAAACAUAUCUAUAGUGAAAUUUAACAAAAGUAUUUAAUAAUUAAUAAAAAAUUAAAAUAAUCGUUUAGGGGAAAGUAAGCAUAAAAUUAAACAUGUUAUCUCUGUGUUGGAGAAAUACUACUGCAAAUAUGCAACGUUUUGAUCUAGUCUCCAGACAAAGCAUGGGACAAUUUUUGAGGUACACUAAUCCAAAGUAUCACGUCCAGCAUCAACAUCACCAACAAACACUGCGUAAACAUACUCAAGCUGAAACAAUUGUUGAUGAUAAUACAACAUCAGCAACACAACAAUAUUGUUCCAAAAGCAACAAUAUGAAGACAUCAACAUCAUCAGUAUUUUCCUCAUACACCAAGGAAGAGUCUUAUCAAAAAAUGCAAUUAAAACAUUUGCAACAACCUUCACAUACAUCAGAAAUGCCUGUAGCAGCAGCAUCAGCAGCAGCAACAACUUCCACAACAGCAACAAAACCGGUUCAUAUACCCUAUAAUAUCGAUUGGGUAUUUGAGAGAUUAAAAAAUCCUAAUGGUCUCUGGUUCAUCUGCAGUCAAAUUGCUAUUUUUACUGUAGGAUUAUUUAGUAAAAUUGUUCUAGGUGAGUAAUUGUUUAAUUUUUUA